GCUCUGGACCUGACGAGCAGCCGGAGGAUGGAGGGACUGAGGUGAAUCCUCGCCUUUCAGCUCUUCCGCGCACUUUUUGCUUUCGCAUUCUGGAAGAGAGACGGGUUCUGGAUCGGUGCGCGCGCUGCCAGUGGUUGCGGCUGUCUGUCAGGUUUUGAACCCGCAGCCCGGUCCCGAUCACGUUCAGCUCGGACCAGCUGAGCUGAGGUCUCUGGAAGCAGCUUCUUGUUGUUCCGCUCCCGGACGCUCCUGCGCAGGAACAAGUCGCGCAGACCUCUGGAUCUCCUCCGCUCCUCUUAUUGAUGCGUUUCGAGGCGCACAGCAGCAGCUAGAGGGCGGCAGCAGACAUGGACGAGCAGCCGAGGCUGAUGCACCCUCACACCGGGCUGGGCAUGGCGGGGCACCCCGGCCUGCCGCCGCACAUGCAGGACGGCGGCGGAGGAGCCGACGGCGACGGCAGGAAGCAGGACAUCGGAGACAUUUUACAGCAAAUCAUGACCAUCACGGACCAGAGUCUGGACGAAGCCCAGGCCAGGAAACACGCUCUGAACUGUCACCGGAUGAAGCCGGCUCUUUUCAACGUCCUGUGUGAAAUCAAAGAGAAAACAGUGCUGAGCAUCCGUGGAGCCCAGGAGGAGGAGCCUCCGGACCCCCAGCUCAUGCGAUUGGACAACAUGCUGCUGGCGGAGGGCGUGUCCGGCCCAGAGAAAGGCGGGGGGUCUGCAGCCGCCGCAGCCGCUGCCGCCGCUUCAGGAGGGGCGGGGGCCGACAACUCUGUGGAGCACUCGGACUACCGGGCCAAGCUGUCCCAGAUCAGACAGAUCUACCACACAGAGCUGGAGAAGUACGAGCAGGCCUGUAAUGAGUUCACCACCCACGUGAUGAACCUGCUGCGGGAGCAGUCGCGCACGCGGCCCAUUUCGCCCAAAGAGAUCGAACGCAUGGUGAACAUCAUCCACCGCAAGUUCAGCUCCAUCCAGAUGCAGCUCAAGCAGAGCACCUGCGAAGCUGUCAUGAUUCUGCGUUCCCGCUUCCUCGACGCCAGACGGAAAAGACGAAACUUCAACAAGCAGGCCACAGAGAUCCUGAAUGAGUAUUUCUACUCACACCUCAGUAACCCCUACCCCAGCGAGGAGGCUAAAGAAGAGCUGGCAAAGAAGUGUGCCAUCACAGUGGCCCAGGUUUCCAACUGGUUUGGGAAUAAAAGAAUCAGAUACAAGAAAAACAUUGGUAAGUUCCAAGAAGAAGCCAACAUGUACGCUGCGAGAACUGCCGUGAAUGCGGCUAAUGCAUCCUCACAUGGAAGCCAAGCAAAUUCUCCUUCCACUCCAAACUCUGCAGGUUCUGCUGGCUCUUUUAACAUGUCAAACUCGGGGGACUUGUUCAUGAGCGUGCAGUCUCUCAAUGGGGACUCGUACCAGGGGGCUCAGGUGGGAGCCAACGUGCAGUCGCAGGUGGAUACGCUUCGCCAUGUUAUCAGUCAGACAGGCGGAUUCAGUGAAGGACUCACAGCCAACCAGAUGUACAGUCCACAGGGCAUCAAUGCAAACGGGGGCUGGCCGGACGCUGCAACCCCCUCAUCGGUGACUUCACCAACAGAAGGACCUGGAAGCGUUCACUCCGACACCUCCAACUGAUCCUCCUCUUCCACCCCCCCCAACUUUACGAGACUGGAAGCGAUGUGAGGCAGCGGGGGGGGGGGGGGGGGGGGGUUGGAGCCUGGGGACGAUGCUUCCAAACAUUACGAACAGAAAUCCCACUUCCUGUCUGUGCGGACCACCAGCCUGCAGAAGGCCUCGUGUUCACUCUGUACAGUUUCCACUUGAUGUCCGUAAUGUCAGACCCCCCCCCCAGCGUCAGCUCACGGUUUGCCCCGCCUCUCAUGAAAUGAAACUCUCUCACUACCUCUAUUAAAAAAAACACGAUGCUUCACUUUUACACAUUUUGAUAAUUGCCCCCCGUUUCAGCACACAGCGCCCCCGCAUUAAUGACAUCAGAUGAGAUCUACGACCAAAGCUGAGCCCUGGAGGUGGAUUUGUUUUUAUCUUCUCCGUCACGUUAGGUAACGUUGUACGCCGCUGUAAAUUGUCACUCUUUAAACUGGACAAACAUUUUUGAAGUUCGCAGCCUUGAUUCCUGCAGCUAUGGAUGAGUUUCGUCUUGUAAGAGAACUUGUUGUGCUUUGAUGAAGUGGGACAUGAACACAAACUAAAGGUGAUGUGGAAGGACAAUGAGACGUGCUUUUCAACAUUUUUUUACUAGUAAAACCCCGUGAUGAGUAUUCAGGCUGCUGCUCCGUGCAGCAGCUGCUCCCCCUCUUUUUAAAGCACGACGACAAACUUGUGUUUUUUCUGCCCCAUUUUUUGACUCAGAAUAAAGUUUUCAG